GCUCGUCGAAACCCGAGCCCACUUGCUACCACAAUGCUCUGCAAUAGGGCUUAUAGUGGACACCUACUGAUUGCAGGAGUCAAAAACGGUCCUGUACAGCAACAAACUUGUCAUCGCGAUGUUACAUCGAGUACGUUUCUCGCCCACCAUUCGCGUGUCGGCCGGAGACCCCACCGCGACUUCUGUUUUCACAGAUUACCAUUAUGCUAGCUUGAGAUAACUGCAGUUGCGGGGUGCCGGUGCAACUUGUGUUUUGCAAUUUUCGCAUUUUUGGGAGUUGGGGACACCCUCUAGCACAGCUGGCUCAUAGUGCACUUCUGCCCGCCCAAGACCAACUCUAUCGGGUUCUGAUAUCAUCAAAGGGGUCAAUCACUACGGUCAAUGGAGCAACCGUGGGCGACCACAGUCUACAUCACCUUUGCUCUGCUAAGCCGGUUUUCGUUCUGGGCAGCGUGGUCCUUGUCUUCUGUAGCUCGGACCCGUCUUGUCUUCACCGGACGGGACCACUGGAAGCAUUGCGGGUCCCUCCCCCUUAACGGACUGGCCUCGAUACUCGUGAUGUCGUGACGUUUGUGAUAGCGGUCCAUUCCACAAACGCCACGACGUUACGAGUAGUACGGUAGGAAUUACCACCUCUAAGGCAGUACUUAACCGGAGCCAUAGGCCCCUACCAGAGCUUAUUUCCACACCGCACAUUCAGCGUAAGAGAGAAAAAUGUCGAAAUCGAAGGGUCAGCAGUCCUCUGCCUAUCGCGGCCAUGAGGAGGAGGUUGGAGGCAGCUCCUCCUCCGCAGCAGUCCCUCUCCCGGUUCAGGACGAGCCGUGUCGUUCUGGGGAGGUGCUACCGGAGUACCGCGAUGGCGUUGGUGGAUCGAAGCAGUUUGUGGGGGGAGAGGAUGGAGAAGGAGUAAGAGGAGUCGGAAGAGGGGAGACGGAGGGAGGGGUUGACACUGAUGCCCCACCUGAAUUUGAGGUGUAUGUUCCUAAGAUGAAGCGGAUCAAAUCUGUGCGCACCGGUGAAACCCUGAUUAUUUCCCAUGACGAACAUCUUAAUACUGAUGGCGAGGCGCUCUACCGAUGGUUGUUAGAACAGCGCUCGAGACCACCAAGCGUGUGCAUCCGGAUAUGGGGAACUCACCGCGGCGGGAGAAAAGGCCGUAAAUUGGUGACUGAUUUCGAUCUUUCCUGCGAUCUUACCCAUCUGUUACUGGAGCAGAACCAUAUAGGGGAACCGACUCUGGCGACCGUUCCACCAAAUCAAAGAGCCCACCGCGGCCACGGGAGAUUCAAAUCUAUCGCCAAGGACUUAGAAGAGGGCCGGACGGUUCGAGACUGGGCUGAUCAAUACUGUGAGGACCAAUCUGCGCUCAAGGAGUAA